AUGGACGAGACGAAAGAUUCCAGCUUGCUAAAGAAGCAAAUUGCUUUGAUUCAAGCUGAUACCAAGAGCUUGGAGGAGAGUGAGGUGAGUGGCACGCCCAUCUUCACCGAGUCCGUGAGACGACAUGGGAACAAUGCGUCCACAUCGAAUGGGGAAAUAUUCACUCAGUACGGAUUAUUGGGAGGAGAUGUUGCCAAGCUCCGUGCAAGCAGGGACCGCGAGCCAAACGUUGAAAAUGAUCCGAGACUGUUCUACAACAUCAAAGCCCCAUCCAGCGUCUUCAUUUGCGGCAGCCAGGGCUCGGGGAAAAGUCAUACCCUGAGCUGCCUGCUUGAGAAUUGCCUCAUACCCACGGACGCAAAUACCCUGCCGAGACCUCUCACUGGCAUAUUAUUUCACUAUGAUCCCUUCUUUUCGGACAACAGGGGCGAACGCUGCGAAGCCGCCUCUAUUUCUUCGCACGCGGAUGUAAACGUCCGUGUCUUGUGCCCACCAACAAACGUGGAACAAAUCAAGAAACUAUAUCAAUCGCUCCCGAAUGUUGAAGUUGAGGAGCUUCGAAUCAGCCAGCGAGAUCUAAAUACCAAACGAAUGCUAGACCUCAUGGCAGUUAGCUCUAUUCAGGGAGGAACUAUGCCACUGUAUCUGCAUAUCGUGACUCGCAUUCUGAGAGAACUCAGAAUUGAGCAACAGAAAAAAGGCGGCCACUUUAAUUACAGAGCGUUCCGAAAGGCCAUUGCGGCAGAAGAACUCCAUACGGGGCAGUCAGGACCUCUUGAACAGAGGCUCGACACUCUGGAAAGUUUCAUGGCGGAGGAGGACGUUGCCGAAAGCAAGAUACCUGGUGUUACUUCUUACAAGCGCAAGGGCAUGAAGUCCAUGUUUGACCCCAACGAAUUUAAAAGGACGGCCACCACAUGGGAUCCAAAGGCUGGGCAGUUGACUAUUGUUGACUUGUCAUGUCCCUGCGUCACCCCCGAGUCUGCGUGCUCGUUGUUCAAUAUCUGUCUAAACUUGUUUCUGGAGCAGCCUUCGGAUGGCAUUGGACGAGUGAUUGCCCUUGACGAAGCGCAUAAAUACAUGACGGAAAGCGCCGAGAGUCAGACCCUCACCGACUCACUCUUGUCGACUAUCCGUCUCCAGAGGCAUCUUGGCGCACGCAUAGUUAUUGCAACUCAGGAGCCAACCAUCUCCCCCAAGCUUCUGGACCUCUGUUCGGUCACAAUUGUGCAUCGUUUCACGUCUCCAAAUUGGCUGGACAGCCUUAGAAACCAUCUGGCAGGGGCGACACCAGGCUGGAAAACCGGCACAGAAGGAGAAGAGCAAUCUGGGAACAGCAGCGCAGAAAGAAUGGCUGAGCUCCUGGGCCGCAUCGUCUCACUUCGCCAAGGCGAAGCUCUGUUGUUCUGUCCCAGCGGUAUUGUUGGUGUUGGGACGCCCCAAAAGACUGAUGGUAUUGAUGGAAUGGCAGAUGAGUUUGCGAAAUGGAGUCUUGAGCAGGACCGUUCUGGUACGUAUUCUGAUUAUGGCAACGGCCUCAUCUAUUUGGGCCAAGGGAUCAUGAAGAUUCGAGUCAGAGAGCGAAUCACAGAAGACGGAGGCAAGAGUGUCAUGGCCGGUUAG